AGAGAGCGCGAGCCGGCGGUGCGCAGCGUCACCCUCUCGAAGCGCGAGGAGGGAACCUCGGACCCCAGACGAUCAGGUGAUCGGGCGGAGAGUGACUUCAAAACUAGAGGCAGAAGCAGAGAGAGAGGAGCGACCUCCUACCCGGCCGCGCGCGCUCAUAAAAUGAAUUCAGACUCGAGCUCGAGCAGAGCGUCCUCGCCAGACAUGGACGGGAUCUAUCUGCGAGAGCACCAGCUGCAGGACGCGCGCCUCAACUCCGUGUCCUCCACGCAGAGCGAGCUCGCGCAGAAGAUGAGCACCGAGCACGUGUCGCGGAGCGGCGAGAAGACGCCCGCGGGCACCAAGUACAAGCUCAAGAAGCAGGUGACCGAGCAGGAGAUCCAGCAGCUGCGCCUCAAGAUCAACGGGCGCGAGCGCAAGCGCAUGCACGACCUGAACCUGGCCAUGGACGGGCUGCGCGAGGUGAUGCCCUACGCGCACGGGCCUUCCGUGCGCAAGCUCUCCAAGAUCGCCACGCUGCUGCUCGCGCGCAACUACAUCCUGAUGCUCACGAGCUCGCUGGACGAGAUGAAGCGGCUCGUGGGGGAGAUCUACGGCGGGCAUCACUCGGCCUUCCACUGCGGCUCCGUGGGCCACGCCGGCGCCGGCCACGCGGGGCACACCGCGAACCCGGGUCACCAGGUGCACCCGCUGCUCGGGAGCGCGCUCUCCUCCACCACGUCGUCCACGCUCUCCACCACCUUGCCGGGACUUACCUCCAUCAGAGCGCCGCAUUCGCUGCUGAAGAGCACCCCCACGCCCCCUCUCCAGCUGGGCACCGGGUUCCAGCACUGGGCCGGGCUGCCCUGUCCCUGCACCAUCUGCCAGGUCCCGCCGCCCCCCCACAUCCCCAUAACCUCCACGGGCUUGACAAGACUGUCCACGGAGAACAAGGACGUGAUGAAGUGA